AUGGAGGCUAACCCUCAACAGGAUUCAAAUUAUCGUGAUGAUUACUGGCGACAAUCUAGAGAUUACUCGUCUUCGUUUACUCAAGCUACGGAUGACCCGCAGGAUUCUCAAGAAACCUCGACUCGAGCUUCCGAUUUGGCCACAAACUUCUUAACCACGCUUUCUUUGACGACUGAUAUGACCUACUCCAAGCAAGAAGGCGAUAUUACUUCCGACAAGGCCUUUCGUUCAUAUGACAACCGUGGUCCACAUCAUCGGGAUCGCUCUCCCGAAAGAAAUGAACGACAUCGAACUGGUAAAGAAGACGACGACCGUGAUCGUCGGGAAAAGAAACGAGAAAAGGAUAGAGGGGACAGGGAUCGGGAUAAGGAACGCGAUCGAGAACGAGAUGAAAAGGAAGCGCGCAGGUCGCGACGUUCAAGGAGAAGAAGUCGAAGCCCUAGCCUAAGGCGACGAAGCCGUAGUCCAAAACAUCGAUCGCGUUCUCGAUCAGUGACACCUAUCAACAGGAGGAGAAGAAAGUUAAAUAAUUGGGAUUUAGCACCGCAGGGUUACGAAGGCAUGACAGCCGAACAGGUUAAAGCCACAGGUCAUUUCCCACUCCCUGGGCAACCAACUACCACAAGACCUACAGCUCUUCCCACAUCCCCCGUCAUACCCGGAAUGGACCCAUCUCGGGCUGCAAUGAUGAUGGGAAUGACACAUGAACUUCCUCCUCGCCCUAAGGUCAGCCAAGGGGCUGCUGGCCCUGUCGCACAAACCGCAUCAUUAGCUAGGCAGGCGCGGCGUCUCUAUGUUGGCAAUAUUCCAUAUGGUAUUGACGAGACUGGUUUAUCAGAAUUCUUUAAUUCUACUAUGGUACAAUUAAAUAUCACUACGGCGCCCGGUAAUCCAGUGAUUGCUGUUCAAAUCAAUCAUGACAAAAACUAUGCAUUUGUUGAGUUUCGUGCUCCUGAAGAGGCGACGGCCGCAAUGGCAUUUGAUGGUAUUACAUUUCAAGGUCAGUCUUUAAAGAUCCGACGUCCAAAGGAUUAUCAACCACCUCCAGGACAGAACCUCGAACCCCCACCUAUUCAUGUCCCUGGUGUUGUCUCGACUAAUGUACCCGAUAGCCCCAAUAAAAUCUUUAUUGGAGGGCUGCCCACUUAUUUGAACGAUGAACAAGUUAUGGAACUCCUGAAAUCAUUUGGAGAGCUUCGAGCGUUUAAUUUAGUUAAAGACAGUUUGUCUGGUGUGUCCAAGGGAUUUGCAUUCUGUGAAUAUGUUGAUCCAAGCGUGACCGAUCUGGCCUGUCAAGGUCUAAAUAACAUGGAAUUAGGUGAUCGCAAGCUCGUUGUUCAACGUGCAAGUGUUGGAUCCGCCAAAAAUGUAGGGGUUGCGAGCGCCCUGCCCUCAUCCGUGCUUAUUCCUGCUGGCAACGGUGAAAUGGUACCUACCACUGUAUUACAGCUACUUAACAUGGUCACACCGGAGGAAUUGGUCGAUGAUGAAGAAUAUGAAGAUAUUGUUGAUGACGUUCGUGAGGAAUGUUCUAAGUUUGGUCAAGUCGUGGAUAUGAAAAUACCUAGGCCAGGACAGGGAUCAGCUACAGGCGUUGGAAAGAUAUUCGUACGUUUCGAGUCCAUUGAAGAAGCAAGUGCGGCACUUCGCGCGCUUGCAGGGCGAAAAUUUGCUGAACGCACUGUUCUCACCUCUUAUAUUGAUGAGGGAACUUAUUUCGCUGAAGACUUUUAA